CACAGCCUCUCCGGCUCCUAAGCGCGCUCGCGACCACCUCCUCCUGUUGGGAGGGAAGGGAGGCCAUUUCAGCUGGCUCCGGGAAGAGAGGGGGACGCUUGGCAGCAAGCUGCGCUUCCUUACGGCGGUGCCGGGCAGCGCGCGGAGCCAGACACUGCAAGGGCAGGGUUGUGGUGUUUCUCCCGGUCGGCUUGAGUUUCCCGGCUAAAACCCCCCCCUGUUUUGCGAACAUGGCAGGGCUGAGCGGCGGCCCCUUCAGCUUCGGGCGGUGCAGCCACGCGGUGGUGCGGGCGCUGCCGGAGUCGCUUUGCCAGCAGGCGCUGAGGCGGGAGAAGGCGAAAGAGGUGGACUUGGCGCGCGCCGAGCGGGAGCAUCAGCUCUACGUGGGGGUGCUGAAGAACAAGCUGGGGCUGCAGGUGUUGGAGCUGCCCGGCGACGAGAGCUUGCCCGACUGUGUCUUUGUGGAAGAUGUAGUCGUGGUGUGCGAAGAGACCGCUCUCCUCACGCGCCCGGGAGCGCCCAGCAGGAGGAAAGAGGUUGAAGCAAUGAAAACAGCACUUAACAGUCUUAGCCUGAAUAUUGUAGAGAUGACAGAUGACCAGGCAACCUUAGAUGGAGGAGAUGUUUUAUUUACAGGUCGGGAAUUUUUUGUGGGUCUUUCAAAACGGACCAACCAUCGUGGUGCAGAAAUUCUGGCAGAUACCUUUAAGGAUUAUGCUGUUUCUACAGUCCCUGUUGCUGACUCCUUGCAUCUGAAAAGUUUUUGCAGCAUGGCUGGACCAAACCUCAUUGCUAUUGGUUCAAGUGAAGUUGCACAGAAAGCCCUCAAGACAAUGCAGCAGAUGAGCGACCACCGUUAUGAUAAACUUACAGUUCCUGAUGAUGCAGCAGCAAACUGUGUGUAUUUAAACAUUCCUGGCAAAGGUCAUGUUUUGUUGCAUCGAGCCCCUGAGGAGUAUCCAGAAAGUGCAAAGGUAUUUGAAAAACUGAAGGACCACAUGUUGAUCCCUAUAGCCAACACUGAGCUAGAAAAAGUAGAUGGAGCACUCACUUGUUGUUCGGUCCUUAUUAAUAAAUCUUCACAAUUAUGAGUUUACAGAUUUCCUUCCUUGUAUAUGGCAAUAAUGUACAUGCAAGGCAAAUGAAUCUGUAUUUCACUUGUAUUGGUUUUCUUGACAAUCUACUGUACCACUGUGCUACUGACCUUUGUUUACAAUGGUGCCCCUUCACUCGUAAUUAAGGUGCGUGUAUAUGCUUUUUCCUGACAUAUAAAGAUUUGAAGCAUGUUUGUCUGGAUUUCCCAAAAAAUUGUUAUGAAAAUUAAUGGUUUAUGUAGUAGAUGUAAAAUGAUCUCAGAAGCAGAAGUAGGGGCCACUUCUAGCAUCACAUUUGACUGGGGUACAACAACUAGAUGCAUAUCUACUAUGCUGAACAUUCCUAUAACUUACUUUGAGAUCCUAGGACUUGACUUUAAAAUCAGGUCAUUGAAGACAUAUGGCCAAAUGCCAUACAAAAUGUAAUACUGGACUUCCUCACAAUCCGUUUUAUGUAUUUGUCAUCAACAAAUUCUUUCCACCACGAUGUAAAGAGUAAGACACUUGUUUUUAUAAUGCUAGUGAUUUUGGCACAGGAACUUUAUAAUGCUCCCUGGAGAGUUUAUCCACUGCUUUUCCACUACUCUGUGUAAAUUCCAGGAUUGACAUUGAUAAGUCAUCAAAUAUUUACCAGCUGCAAAAGGCAUAAAAGUGGAAAAUUACAAGUGCUUACAAUACCACAGUAGCUAGUCUUCAAAUAUGGGCUAUUAGGAAGAUAAGGGCUCAGAGACGUAUACCGGUAUCUUCAUGCAUUUAUUCUUAUGUCAUCUCAAAUAAUUUCUUUUCCUUGCUUUGGGGAAGUUAAUUGUAAUUAGAUUAGAACACGAGAGGGAAAUCUGCACAGGAUAAUGCCCAUAUUAUAUAUGUGUUUCUUUAACAAAAAUAAGGCAUCUGUUUAAAUAGAACAGCCUCUUAUAUGAAAAUGUUGUUGAAAGUAGCUUGAGUAGUUAACAUGGAUCCAAAAAUGUCUUAGAAAAUACUGGAGGAUUUUAGAAGUAAUACUGGAAUUGGCCCAGUUUUAAUCUAGUCUGACUUUCGGUCACCCUUCUUUAGUUCUGCAUUCUGCUUUUUGAGGAGGGGGCAGAGAGCUCUCUUCUAGAGUUCUAAGUUAUAGAUAACCAAAAGGAAAUUCAGUGACUCUUCCUUUAGUAACAACUGUAGUGUAAAACAAAUUUUAAUUAUUGUAGAAAAUUAUUUUCCUUUUAGUGCCUUGGAAGAAAACUGUGAAUGAAAUUAAUUACAAAGUGUAGAUGGAUUACUGUGAAGGUUUGAGGCAGUUGUGUGUCCAAAAUGCUGGUUUGUUUAUUUGCACUUUUUUAUUUCAGUAGAUAUUCAGGUUGUUCACAAGUUAAAAUUUCUACAUAUUUUAAAGUUUUGAUUCACAAAGUUUUAACAAAUUAAUAAAACACUUUAUUUUACUGCCACCUCUCAUAUUGUACUUUCAUGCAAGUACUUGUUGUUAUGGUUUUAAAUAUUCAUUUGAUUAGCAGAGUUCUUUUCUAUUCAAACACAAAUGCUGAACUUUUUGAAAAACAUAAAUAGUAAACAAGACAUGGCAAGGGAUCUUAGAUUCUUCCAGAUAUUCUACUGUGCAAUGGUCUGUCUCAUUUAUAACAUUUCAUGUGGGGCAGAAGGACCCUGAUGAUUUUGCCUUUUACUUGUAAAUCUCCUAUGUAUUCCUGCUGCUAAUUUCAUUUAUAUUGUUUCUGAGAAAAAAAACUAAGAAAAGAUAGAACUACAAAAUGUACUUUGGUAGCAUUCUUGGGUCCUGUUGUUUCCCUGUUCUAUAUAUCCAUGUCUUCCAAGAGACUCCCAUUACUAAUAUGUCUAAAUAUUCAAGCUGUGCCUGGAAAUGGAUAUCUUUAUUUAAACUGUAAUUCAGUUGAAAGAAAUGUUUAUUUUGGCAAAUUUUGCAAUAUACUUAAGCAACCAGCUCUCAAAUUUUAAACGUUUAUAUAUAUAUAUAUAUAUAACAAGAAUAUAAAGUAGUAUUCUCGGAAAACCUAUUCAAUCAUUUUAACAAUGAUGAGAUUAAACAAAGUAAAUUUUCGUCAAGAUUUGCCAUUGCCUUUAUCAGUUUUCCAUUAAUUCUCCAUUUUGGGCACUACUUCUGGUAACUGGCUAAUGUAGAGUAUCACAAACUUCAAGUAACCAAUUACAUUAAAACUAUGGUUGAAAUUAUUUAUAUGUAAGAAACACAGGGAAACAUAUGUAGAAUCCAGGAAAUGCAACAUGGGAAUUGUCAUAUGUAACUUUUGUUUAUCUUUUAGCUGGAUUAAUUAUACUUAAAAACUCUAUAAUUAUUUUUCUGACCCUUCCUUUCUUUAAUAAUAUUUUCUCCUAAAAUGAAAAAUUAUUUAUUUUCCUGGCAUGUUCUUAUUUUAUUUCACUAAAAUGAUCACAUUCUUAUUUUAUUCCACUGAAAACUGCGUAAUGAGUUUAUACAAAAUUUGCUUAAUGAAUAAUAGAAGAAACUGUUCGUAUUUUUAAUUGGUAGUUUGGAAAUAUUUAAAAAUGUAGUUGGAAAAUGAGGGUUUUGUUUUACCAUGUGGAUUUCAAUUCAUAACAGAAAAUAAUAGAAAUGUUUUAGAGAUAUCGUGAAAAGCUUUGCAAAAUAACAAGAAUGGUUGUGUGAAUUCACUUCUUAAGUCUUCAGUAGUUGCUCAUUUUUUAAGCUAACAUCACAGCCCAAAGAAUACAUGUUCUGCUUUGUUUUUACAUCAUUAAUACAUUAAUCAGGAAUGUUAAACUAAUUUCAGUUGGCCACCAUUCAAUGAAAUAAAGCCAGAAAAUACUUGUAAAAUUGAUUUUACAUUUUGCUUUGUUUUGUGUCUGCUGUGACAACUGCAUUGUCAGUAGACUUACACCAAGCAUAUUUUUCUACCUGAAGUAUUGUAAAUUGUGUCAUCUGUUAGUGGAUAGUUUGCUUGCUGUGCCAGACAAUUUUCAUUUUUUUUUUAAAAUUUGAUUUAUAUGCCGCCCUUCUCCAGAGACUCAGGGCGGCUUACAGUGCGUUAAGCAAUAGCCUUCAUACUUUUGUAUAUUUUACAAAGUCAGCUUAUUGCCCCCACAAACUGGGUCCUCAAUUUACCUACCUUAGAAAGGAUGGAAGGCUGAGUCAACCUUGAGCCUGGCAAGAUUUGAACUUACUAAUUGCAGACAGCUGGAGUUAAAUUACAAUGCAUUAGUCUGCUGAGCUAUCCAGCAAUUUUAUAUGCUAAUGAAUUCUACACUAAUCUAAAUAUCCAGGAUAGCUUAUAGUUUAUAUUUAUGCAUAAAAUAUCUGCAGUGCCUAUUAUGUUUUUAGUUUUCCUGAUGUUUGUCACAGUGAUCUGUAAGAAUCACUGUUAUUGUACUGACGUACAUAAUACAUGUAUACAGCUGGUGAAUCUUUUAUUAAGUUUGAAUUUUGUGCCCUUUUCUGUUCUAUUCUCAUGCAAUCUGUACUUCUGAAUUAAUAUUUACAAAUCGUAAUUCAAUAUCAAAAUGCUGCAUUAGGUUGGAACUAUAUAAUUGAAAAUGCAGCCUUAUUUUAUAGUAGCCCUGUUCUUGUCUGGAGGACCAUAAAAAUUAAAGAAAUUUCAUCAAAUUAAGUAUCCUUGGGUAUUUUAGGCAUGUAAAAAAGGUAAGAAUAAUGCCCCAAAUUUAAUCAUAUUUCAGCCUUAGAUACUGAGCCUCUGCCUAAACAAUGCUAUCUAAAUUUUUGUUAGCAUGGAUACCAAAGGCAAGUUAUACGAUCAGUUCUAUGAAGUUGUAAAGCCUUUUUAAUACUACCUCAGUAGUGCAGUGACUCUGUAUUUAAAAGUAGCAUUAUCAACAGAUGGGAUAAACUUGUCCUUCUUGCAAAAUAUAAUAUGUUCUUUGAUGUGCAGAGAAUGGGGAAUAAAGAUAUUAAUUCACAACAGCACUUCUGUGAUGGCAUAGACCACUCUUGAAAUUACUGACAUCUUUAAAAUGGGUUUCCUUUGUGUUCUCCAGUUCCAUACUUAAAGUAUCUAACUAAAGAGAAAAGCUCACUAGGCAAAACUCUCACUGAUGUAUUCUAUAAUUCUACACUUUUGGUCUCAAAACUUAAAAGUUGGAAGCUAGAGAUAGAUACCCCUAUUUGAUCCCUAGCUGUUUAGAUUGUUUUGAUUUUUUAUGGGGUGUGUGCGUGAACUAAGUGAUGCAAUAUAUGGGUUUCCUUGUUGGACAAAAUGUAAUCAGUGUCAGCUAAGGUUCCUUUCCACGUGCCAAUGAGAAGUGUUUAUACAUGCUGUACCUUAUACUGCUAUACUUGGCAUCCUUCCACUCCCUCCCACACAGCAAAGUAUAUACUUAGUUCAAUCUUUCACAGAUGCCAUGUUUUAGAAGUAUGGUGUGGAUUUUAAGGACAUAUGGAACACAGCCUCUGUGAGAUUUGAUCAUAACUCCUGUAGAACACCAUGUUCAGCUAGGUACAGAACUGUCCAAAAUGCGUCUCUCUUCUCCCUUAACAACAACAACAACAAAACCUGUUAACUCUUGUUUAUUGAAACAUAAGAGCAGAAUUAAUCUGAAUCAAAUGUUUCUAAGGAGCUGGUACAUAUCCAUUAAUGAUGAAAGGCAGUUCUUAAACAGCAUUUUUAAUCUGUAAGGUGGCUGGGAACAAAAUAUGAGGCACCUCACUUGAACUCCCAGAAAGGCUUCUUGUAAAUGUGUGAUGUAGGAUGUAGUUUCAAGUCACAUAUGAAAUGUAUUUAGCCUUGUUUUCAAACAUGCAGCUACUAACCACAGAAUUCAAAUGUGUUAUCUUUAAUAUAUCCAACUACUUUUUUUGUGUGUCAAAAUUCUUGCCAAAUUCCAUAACCUGUUAACACUGGAAAAAGUGCUGUUUAUUUUACUUAAUUUUGUCUUGUGCAUUUCUAACAUUAUGUACACCCAUCACUAUCGAAUAAAGUGUCAGCUGAAGCUAAA